GUUCUUUUUCAUCCGUUUUUCAGUUCAGUUCAGUUUGUUUGAUAAAAAUAUUCCCAUAAAAAUGAUAAAAAAUCAUAUUUUGUUACUUUUUGGAAUUCUCAAUUUCUUCAAUGGGAGUUUUGGAUUGCUUCAUACUGAAAAAUUUGCUGAACCUUCACAAUUUCCGUUUAUGAUCAACUUGCGAACAUUCCAUUCAUAUUUUCAAUCCAUGUGCGGAGGUUCAAUUGUGAACACCAAAUUCGGCUUGACUGCAGCUCAUUGUGUUUCAAAAAAAUUAUUCGGUCCAACUAGAGCAGUUGCUCUUAUGGGCAUCGUCGAUCGCUUUUCUGAAGGAACUCGCCGAAAAAUCAUCAAAAUUAUCGUUCAUGAGGAUUUUGAGACAGUUGGAAAUCUGGAUUACGGUUUGAAUGACAUCGCUCUUUUACAGUUCGAGUUUCCAAUUGAAUUUUCUUCUCUGAUUCAACCAAUCACGCUUCCGCCUUCAGGAAAUAUCACGUAUCUCGGUGAUAGUGUUACAGCUUUAGGAUGGGGAGUCACAGCUCCGGGAAGUCAAGUGUCGAAUCAUCUUAAAUACGCAGAAAUGCGCGUCAUUUCCAACGAUGAUUGCCAAGCGGAAUACGAUCGAGCAUCGACCUUCAAGUGUAACGUAACGGAAACGAUGUUAUGUGUUGCGUCUUCGGAAAAGAAUCCACAAGCAGGAGCAUGUUCCGGAGACUCGGGAGGCCCAAUUGUACUGACAAACACAUCAACCAUCGUCGGUAUCUUCAGUUUUUCGUCAAUGGAUACAGGAAGCGAUUGCGCCAUUAAACCUGUGUUGUUGGAUGUUUUUACGCGAGUUUCCAAGUAUGUCGAUUGGAUAAAAACGAAUGUCGAAGAAACAUCAGCUAAUGAAGUAGAAACGUAAUUAUUGACUUACUUAGUAAUAAAAACAAUGUGAUUCAGAAUAAAUUUACGAAUAAACUGAUAACGAGCGAUUUGUCAUCUGAGCUGCGAGUGGCAAUUUCGCUUUAUCAGCAUUUGUGAC